AUGGUGGAUUACACGACCUGUCAGACUUCAGGCAAAGGGCUAGUUCACGGGGAGUCCCCUGACGAUGCAGUAUUGCAUUAUUUUGGGUGCUUGAGAUUCAGCGAGCGUGCCGAUUUCUUGGCCGAAUUGGACGAAACAAACAGAUUGAAGCUGCGAAUACAAGAAGAAACCAACCGAAUUCAAAAAUUAAGAAACAUUUUCGAAGCCGAGGGCCCGAGGACAUCUUCCGGGAAAGUACUUGACAGUUUCAAAAAGACUUUAUCACAUUGGUCCCGCAUUGAGCGGAGCUAUGCCCAUCUGGAAGGUGCGACCCCAGACCCAGGUGCUCUGGAUGGCCCUGAGGAACGAGCGAAAGAAUGGAUCCUCGAUGAUAUGAGAGCCAAUGUUAUCUAUUUCAAGAAACAACACGAGGAUGAUGAUCAUCCUAGGCCAUACGACCAUCCAGAUUUUGUGGAUAACUUUCCCAAUCAGAAGAUCCCCCUAAAACAAUUGCUAAGUUCCAAAAAAGAAAAGAAUCCCUUGAUGUGGUCUUGUGAGCCAAAUAUGAUUCGAUACUUCCACCUGCCAGCAAACAAUAUGGAGUGGAUUGAGGAAGCUAUGGCCAGGUUUUACAACGAGGAAACACCCGAUCUAAAUGGUCCCUAUCGGAAGGCACGAAGGGGAGACCCGGAAUCUAAAACGAGGAUGCUUCUCCGCCCUCAAUUUUGGAGAGGGCUUCAACACGGCGAUCGAGUUGACUUGCCUACGCAUACUCGCCACAUGCGGCCUCGUUGUUACCGAAUCUCAACAAAUCAUGAUAGUACGGAAACAAGACCCAAGAAUCUCGCGCUUUUUAUGCCAUACCUCCACUGGGAGACAGAUCGAAGACGUGCUCGUGCAGCGAAUAUUAUCGGUAAAUACGGCCCCAACAGAUGGUCUCCAAUGGUCGAAGUAGUUGAGGAAGUCGGAAUCCCUGUGAUUAAAUCAACCAUCGAUCGGACAACCUCUGACGGCUUCCUCGAGCAUAUUACAACGCGAACAGAGACCCCGAGACCUCAUACUGCUACUCAUAAGAUAACGCAUAAGACUUUUCAAGGCCAGAAGUUGCUCGGAAGAUUGCUUUUCCUUGCCGCUGCGUUGUAUGAGGCAUUGGAUGCGUAUACAGAUGAGAAGAUUAUUGAGAGAUAUCUGAUGGGGCGGCCGCCACUGCAUCCAAGGAGGACUCUGGACCAAAGUUAUUAUUGGACUCUCAAAGAUACUUCGCGGCGAGACCGUGAUCAAGUCGUGUAUCGAGAGACAGCACCGUCACGGAAGCUCGUCAAAGCUCAUCACAGUUGUACGAAGAAGGACCCUACGAAGAAAGGCACAACUUGCGACCAAUGUUUAGAGAAUGUUAAGAAAACACCUCGAAUUGUGAUGGUCGAUCAGUUGUGGAUGUGGGUGCUGGAUGAAAAUACGAUUAUUACAUGCUUCCCCAAGAGAUGGGGUAAGAACAAGCCCGACGAAUCUGCGGUUCAGAAGUGCAUUCGCACAAGACUGAGAGAGGCUCGUAUCGAUGAAGUCCGCUCUGUAUACGAUCUUGCCUUGAUAAUUAUCGACCAGUGCUCACGAGUAUUCUUUGAUCGGACUCAACCAACAGAUAUGCAGCCGCAAGUAAUGGAUGCUUUUGCAAAUGCAAUUGGGAGAGUUACUAACAAACAGACCAUCUCAUUCGAGCACUUCUGGGAAUGCACUCGUAUGGCCUCAAAACGAUACAACGAUCGAGAAGAACCAGACAACGGUACAGCAAAGAAGUCGCAAAAUGUACUACUAGACAUAAAUCCCGAAGGGGAGCUGCUCCGGGAAAUCAGAGACAUCAUCGACGAGCUAUUCAUAAUGAUGCAGAUAAAAACACAAGAGCAGAACGUCAUUUCAACCUUCGUCAAGCACAUGAAACGUCUCAUAACCCCAGCACGUGGUGCUGGAGAAAAUAGUAUCGACAACAGAAGUGAGUACAGCCUUCCGGGAAACAGGAGACUACCUAGGCCGUCACUAUCAUUCCGAAAUGCUCCGGCAAUACAAUUUGAUCAUGAGAGCGAGUCUGAGGAUUACGACUUGACGAUGACUUGUGCUGUGGAGUUAUUAGAUAGGAUAGAGAAUCAGCUUCUUGAAUUGAGCUAUUUGAAGGAGGCUGCGGAGAAUGCGUCAUUGGCUUUGAAAGAUCUACUGGAUCUCAAACAGCAACAAGCAGGCGUUGUGGAAGCGCGGGAAGCUGUUAAGCAAGGCGAGGAAACUUUGAAACAGGGAAGAGCCAUCAUGCUAUUUACAAUUGUGACUAUUGUCUUUCUUCCACUUUCCUUCUUCACAGGAGUCUUCGGCAUGAACGCCACAAACCUGACUGGCACAGACGGUCCGAAUCUCUGGCACUGGGGCGACAUAUUCGUCUUCAUGAUCCCGAUAUCCGUGCUCGUAACUACACUCUCCCUCCUCCUCGCCUUCAGCAAACUCAUCCGCGCCCUCCUAUCCUUCGCCUUCAACAUCUCUUGGACUUACCUCAUAACGCACACGCCGGCCUAUAUUUCGUGGCGCGAGACAAGGUUUACGAGUAAGAAGCUGCAUGAGGAGCAGAAGGCAAGGGUUGGGGGGAUGAAGAUGAAGGCGCUGGAGAGAGCGGUGGAGAGGAGGAUAGAGCAGGUGGAGGAAGCGAAACGACGGGUUGCGGAGGGUGUUGGGGAUUAUGGGAAGGGGAGGAGGGAGAGGGAGAGGAGUAGUCUAGGAAGUAGGCUUGAAGAUGUAUGA